UACUUCACGUCUCGGAUAGGGUGGGAUACAGGAAACUCCUAUCCUUUAGGAAUUUGGGUCUUUCUUUCCUUAUAAGGAGUUUUUGAUAUCAAUCACGGCUGAAAAGGGGGGAAAGGAGGGGCUUGUUCCGAAGCGCAAAUGCGCACUCGCCUUUGCGCUGAGCCUCUCGUAAAAAAAACUUUGAAAGGGAAGUCCGCUCAGCUGCAGUUCGGCGCUGGCUGUCGCGUUUAGCAGAAGCAAGGCGAGUUGUUGAGCUCUCAGGCCAUUUAUCUCACCAUGUCCGCUAGCCAUUUCAACAAAGGACCUGCCUAUGGCUUCUCCGCGGAGGUUAAAAGCAAGAUUGCCCAGAAGUAUGACCCUCAGAAGGAGGAGGAGCUCCGGGUCUGGAUCGAGGAAGUGACUGGGAGGUCCAUCGGGGAGGAUUUCCAGAAGGGUCUGAAGAAUGGCAUCAUUCUCUGCGAGCUGAUCAACAAACUGCAACCCGGCUCUGUGAGGAAGAUAAAUCAAUCUUCUCUGAACUGGCAUCAGCUGGAGAACCUGUCCAACUUCAUCAAGGCCAUCACAGUGUACGGACUGAAGCCUCACGAUAUCUUCGAAGCCAAUGAUCUGUUUGAGAACGGCAACAUGACCCAGGUCCAGACCACUCUUCUGGCGCUCGCUGGCAUGGCGAAGACGAAGGGCUUGCAGUCUUGUGUGGACAUCGGGGUGAAGUACGCGGACAAGCAGGAGCGGGCCUUUGACGAGGAGAAGAUGAAGGCUGGACAGUGCGUCAUUGGGCUGCAGAUGGGCACCAAUAAGUGUGCCAGCCAGGCGGGCAUGAAUGCCUACGGAACCAGGAGGCACCUGUAUGACCCCAAGGCUCACAUCCCACCCCCCAUGGACCACUCCACUAUCAGCCUGCAGAUGGGCACAAACAAGGGGGCCAGCCAGGCUGGUAUGACAGCCCCUGGCACCCGGCGCGCCAUCUACGACCAGAAGCUGGGGACGGACAAGUGUGACAACAGCACCAUGUCUCUGCAGAUGGGCUACAACCAGGGCGCCAGCCAGAGUGGGCAGAACUUCGGGCUGGGCCGGCAGAUCUACGAUGCCAAGUACUGCCCCAAGAGCGAGGGGGGAGAGAACGGGGCAGAGAGUGGGUUUGGCCAGGAGUACCAGGAUGAGGGCUACCAAGAAGACAGGCAGGACUACUAGAAGCCGAGGAGAGCAGGAGUAUGGGCAGGGAGGGAGUGAUGUGCCGGAAUAUGUCAGGAGAGCUUUUUAUUUUUUAUUUUUUAAUUCCCCUAUCUGGAUAGUGUGCUUCAAAACAAAGCCUUGAUGAAGUGGAUUUUUUGUUUGUUUCUGAUUAGAAAAGAAUGUCAUAGGACUGCCCCCCGCCCCAGGAAUCUCAGCUGAAGUCCUUACUCAGAAGGCUAUCAGCAGUGCCUUCUACAAUUGCUGCUCCCUGCCAGAUGAACUGUGGUUCCCAUUAUUGCUUUGGCUGCAGGUUGACUUCUCCUUCUGCAUGCAAAAAAACCUUAAGAAAUGUUGAAUUGGUAGAUCAAGUGAUGUCGGCUACAGCAUAAAUCCAUUUGGACAAUUUGUCGGCAACACAAACCUUCUCCCACAGUUGACGUUGUAUUGCUGUUAUCCGUAAACUUGGAAGAUGUGGAGUUGUUUUUCUGUCCUAUUCCCAUGACCCUCAGCUUUCCUAUAAUUCCCUAAGGAUUGCAACCUUAACCCUGACGCCCACCCCUCUUUCCCGGUCACCCACUCGCCAAGCAACAUGAAACAACUGGACCCAGAGAGGACAGUCAGCGCGUUAAUUCAUUCCAGAUGUUUAUCAGGAUAACGGGGGACCCAAAGAAGAAUAUUCUUUUCCAGAAAUUAACCCCCCCCCCCCACUCGAUUUACAAUUAUAUUCUUAUCUGUCCUGAAUUUGUCCUUUUUUUUUUAAUUAGGCUCAUCAUUUUGUUUCCUCCUGAAAUGAUGUUUACAGUCUUACUGUAGAGGUUUUUAGAACUAAUGGAACUCUUACCCCUGUAUUUACUCUUUACCUCUUCUCAGACCACUGCUGCAGCUUCUGUUACAAUGGAAGUUACCUUGAUUUGAUUUUUAAUUUUUCUUCAAUAUUUUGUGUUAUUUGCUGCUGUUUUUACAAGGGAUAUCUUAUUUUAUUUUUUUAUCCUGAGCUCAAUUUUAAAUGACUCCCCAAGAUUGGCUUUUUAAGCUUGUUUUAGGUCUGUAGAAUCCCUACUAGACUCCUAGGGGGUGAGGCCUAUUUUUCCUUCCAAUUCCAGUCCUUCUCUCAUUCCUGACUUGAAAUGAAAGCAUUCAUUUCCGCUGUGGUUCAGUCACUGCAUCAAGAGUGUAAAUGAUUCUUGAAAAAGCUUAAUUUGUGGUGGAAAUAAUCUUAGAUCGUUGUGGAUUUUCCUAAAGCAGUCCAGUUUUUAACAUUGAAGGAAACAUGAGAGAGAAUGCAUUCUGUUGGGGAUUAAGAGAUUGGCCUGUUAGGAGUCUGAUUUAUUGGUUUGAAGGUGAGGAGCUGUUAGUAAUGAAGGUUAUAUUAACAUUCCUGUGAAUAACAUUAUGGCUGUAGUUGGAAUUAAAUCAGCUGUCUUACUUUGUUCUGUUUGACUUUGAUCACAAAAUAAAUUUUUGGACCUUAACCAGGAGCCAGUUUGAUUAUAAUUAGGGAAGUGUGCUGACCAGUCUGGGCGUGGAACCGGCGGAGUUUUGCAGUCUAAAGGAAGCGAAGUUAGAUUUUUCUGCCCGAGUUCAGCUAUUCUCAAACUGGCUGUUCUGUAUUAAAAAUAAAAACCCAGAUUAAGUGUCCAGAUUUGAUACAUUUCCCCUGUCUUCUCAGCAGUGUUACUUACCCUUCUCGAGCAGGGUUUACCAAAUUUUUUUAGCUUUUUUUUUUUUAAAGCUUAGCCGGUAUCGCUGCCUGGGCUUUUGGGCUCUGCGUGCUUUCUAGUCUCGCCAAUCCAAGGAAAACAUUCCAAGGUACAACUCUGAACAUUCCAAAUUCUGAACUGGAAUCGGCUGGAUUAUUUUCUUACGCCUGUCUGCCUCCCAUGUUGUUUAAGGGCUAAAACUCAAAACAGAUGGAAGAUGGGGUAAGCAGACACGAGCAUAAUGUGAACACUUUUUUGAUCCUUUUUAAACUUUUUUUUUUUUUCCCUGAAGCUUGUGGUUUGUCUUCUUUUGCUGCUGGUCACUGCCAGCAUCCGAUGGGGAAGAGGAGACGUUACCAGAUGUCCUUCUCUUGCGUUUCUUUUGACCUUGUGCUUCCGGUGAAGUUUUGGUUUUUAAAUGUUUGCAGUAGGGACCCACUUGGACAAGGGAGUGGGGAGUGCAGGAAGCCAAUUGUAAUAAAGAUUUUGUAUAUAUGA